AUGGGUAUAAAAAAACAAUGCAGCUAUCGGGAUUACUGGUCUUCUGCUCCAGAUUUACACGACGAUUAUAUAAGUAAUAUUAUGCCAGUGAAUAGGUUUAGUUGGUUGUUAUCACAUUUACAUCUGAACGACAAUUCCGUAAUUCCAAAAAAAGGAGACGCCGACUACGAUAAAUUGUACAAGGUAAGGCCAUUUCUCAAUUUAAUUUUAAAAAAUAGUCAGGCAGUAUACAAUCCAAAUAGAAUAGUAGCUAUAGAUGAAUCAAUGAUAAAAUUUAAAGGCCGUCAUUCAUCCAAACAAUAUAUGCCUAAAAAACCCAUAAAAAGAGGAUAUAAAGUAUGGGCUUUGGCAGACAAGUACGGGUACCUUUGGAAUUUUGAUGUCUAUACAGGAAAGUCUGGUGAUACGGUAGAAAAAAAUUUGGGAGCACGUGUAGUGAAAAACUUAUCUGCACCACUUAAAAAUAAAAACUAUUUUUUAUACUUUGACAACUAUUUUACUAGUUAUCCGCUUAUAUCGUACUUGAAAUCAAAUGGGAUUUAUGCGUGUGGAACAGUAAACAUGAAAAGAAAACAUUUACCACAGCUAAAAAAUGACAAGUCCUUAAAACAAGGGGAAUAUGAUUGGAAUACCGAUCAAUUUUCAAUAUCAAUUAUUAAAUGGAAAGAUAAACGAUCAGUUAGUCUUUUAUCUAAUUUCCAUAAUCCAACUGACACUGAUAUUGUACCUAGGAGAGUUAAAGACGGAACUUUGACAAUGAUACCUUGCCCGAAAGUUUUAAAAGACUAUAAUGAAAACAUGAAUUGCGUCGAUAAAUUAGAUCAAAACAAAAAGUCCUGCCAAAUUGACCGCAAAAGCAAAAAAUGGUGGCACCGUAUAUUUUUUCAUUUCAUCGAUAUAGCAGUUGUAAAUGCACAUGUUAUAUAUACACAAUCCACUGGAACAACAAUAACUAUGAAAAACUUCCGACGUGAUAUUUCAAGGGAGCUACUAAACAAAACAAUAGUAUGUAAACGUCAAUCUAAAAGCACUAAAAAAUCACGAGCGGAAAUUAACACAAGCCUUUUGUACCUGACUCUCUUCGUUUGGAAAAAUCAGCUCAUCAACCGAAAAUAUCGACAAGAAGAAGAUGUGCAAAAUGCAGCACAAGAGAAAAAGAAGUUAGAUCUAAAUGGAUGUGUGCAGUAUGUAACGUUCCACUUUGCAUUACAAUAA